AUGACGACUCCGCCUGCGACCUUACCUCUUCACCUCGAUACACAAUAUGGCGAAUCAGUACCUAGGCCAGAAGUCAAUGGAAGGGAGGUACUCUGUGGAAAUAAAGACAGGGAGCGCAUGCGACACUUACAACAUGCGGUAUCGUUGAACAUUGUAGGGGUAGACGACAAAGCUGAAUCUUUAGGGUCUAUGCCGAACACUGCCCCAUUGGAUGCUGAUGUGUCGCUUGGGCAUUCGAUUCAGCUUCCAGUUGAAUUGUGGGAGAAGGUGAUUGACUAUCUGGCGGAUGGAUGUCGGGGUGGCAAUGGGAGCUGCAAGACAUAUGAAGCCAGGCUGCAAGUACUAGGAAGGGUGUGUCGGGGGUGGCAUGCCCGAUGCCACUUUCGUGUCCUAGAGAGGAUGGAUGUGUGGAAGAUGGACAAGACAGAGGUCUAUAGCCUGAUCAGCUCACUGAAGCAGGACCCUGAGCGCUGCCAUGCCAUUACUAAGACAGUCUUAUUCCAUUUUCAGAGGGAGUCGAUGAGCAUCUUUGGGACGUUUGCUGUGUGCAUGGCACAGAAACUGCCCCGAGUCAAGUGUCUCGUACUGUUGGGGUGCCAGUGGGACACUGGACAGUUGCAUGCGCAGGUCUUUGUCCACAUCACUCUCGCAUUCGAGUCGGUCACUGUGCUCGAGCUCCAGGCGGUGCGAUUCCCUUCUGCGGUAGUGUUUGGGUGGCUCGUGCGUGCGCUUCCGCGGCUGUCGUCCCUCAAAUGCUGGAGCGUGUUCUUCGAGAGGCAUGGCUAUGUUGCGGGCCGAAUCUGGGAAUUGCAUCCCCUCCGACUUGACGGCGCCGAAGUGCGGCACAGCGACGACGUCGUUGACUUCCUCGUCUUGAUCGGCACACAACUACGCCACCUCGUCUGGCGUGAUCUGAGCUCGGGAAAGUGCCAGGAGCUUCUCUCUGUGAUUGCCGAAUCGCUCUCAUCCAUGCACAUAGACCUAGCUGAUCCUUUGUCCUUUCGACAAAUGUUUCCCUCAGGUUAUCCACAUAAUCUCACCCCAGCUGUCAACCUGCGCGUCCUUUCGGUCUCUUCCGACUUCGAAGACUUGAAUGGAAUGGCAAUGAUUUUGUCUCGCUCUCGCCCGUCCCUUCCGAAGCUGGUCGAGAUUACGAUCAUCUCAAUCCCCCAUCACACCGAGACAUAUUCCUCAUCAAUUAUCCAGAACAAGCUCGAUGAGGUCAAGACGGAUUCGUAUGCACUUCUUGACCAGGCUUUCUCUAGUCUUCAGUAUCCCGUCUUACAAAAGGUCACCUUCGAGCUUCACUGUGUGACUCGGCGCAGCGAAGUGAUGGAGGUGAUAUCCGAGGAGUCCUGGGAGAGUCACGUUGCAUCAAGGCUUCCUGCUCUGCAUGCCAGUGGACGACUUGUGUGA